CCCAUCCCCCGUCAGCAUUGUCUAAUCCUCCACCUCGCCAUCGGGCUGUAUGCUGUUCUGGCGCUGGCACGGUAACUCCGCCUUCCUCCUGCACAUUAAUGUACUGAUCGCGGACAGCCGUGCUGCCCUAACCGGCGGCACAUCAGCCCGACGUGCCUAACCUUUGCGGACCUGGACCGUUCAGGAUCGGGCGGAGCGCCGCGAUGACGGAUCGGGUCGUUUGAGAAUGAAACCGCGUUUCGCUCGCAGCUUUUUGGACCUCCUGCUGAGCUGGGCCUGAUUUAAUACGUAGCCCCCAGUUACCCUGGCUGAGGGGGCUUGAGCUGGGCAGACCGUGGACACGGACUGUGGCCGUGUGAAGCACAAGAACGCUCCAGGCCUAGCCUCCCCGUGUCUCCCACCCCUGAGGCGACCAUGAGGUCCAGCAUGAAGCACUGGAAGCAGCUGGUUCUGCUGGGAAUGUUGGCAUGGGCGUUCUUCUUCCUGGCACUCUUCGCCUACUUCUUGGACUCGCACGGCAUGGCCGCCGUCUUCCACGUGGAGUCGCAGCGCCUGGCCCCCCCGCAGGGCCGCCCCCGCGCCAUCAUGGGCUCGCGGCCCCAGUCUGGCCCUGGCGAGGCGAAGAGUCCGGAGGAGACCGAAGGGGGGGCCUACCCAGAGCUCCAGACCCGGGAGUCGCUGCUCGCCAUCAACGAUUACCCCGAGGGCCUCCGGGCCCAGGAUCAGAGCCAGGAGGAGGAGGAAAAGCCGCAGAGGGAUAUACAGCAGAACUCGCGGACCUUCAAACGCUGGCAUCGAGAGAGACACCUGGGGGAUUACUACUUCUCCAAGUCCAGGACGGUGCUGCAAGGGCUUUGGAAGGGGUCCAUUUCAGCUCAGAUGCUGAGCCCCCGGCUGCAGAGUGCUAUGAGGGAGUACAUGAUGGCUAACAAGCACCACGUGGCCUACAGGGGGCGCCGGAACGCAGAGCUCAGGGGCAGCGAGCUGCUAUGUGAGCUCAAGAAACGGGUACAGGUCCGGGCCCUGGACGGGCGUGAGGAGCCUUUCUCCCAGCUGGGCUGGGGCAGGCUGGUUCCCAUUCGACCUCUGGAGCAGAUGUUCGCCUCGAAGUUUCGUACAUGUGCGGUGGUGACCUCUGCUGGGGCCAUCCUGAACUCUGCCCUGGGAGACGAGAUCGAUUCCCAUGAUGCCGUCCUCCGCUUCAAUGCGGCGCCUACGGACGGCUACGAGGACGACGUCGGGAAUAAGACCAGCAUUCGCAUCGUUAACUCUCAGAUCCUGGCCAACCCAAAGCACCAGUUUGACACCAGUGCCUUGUACAAGGACGUGGCUUUGGUAGCCUGGGAUCCGGCGCCGUAUGCGGUGGACCUCGUGAAGUGGUACCAGAACCCUGACUACAACCUGUUCAAGCCCUAUGUGGAGCGCCUUAAGACGAAACCCAAGCAGCCCUUCUACAUCCUCCACCCCAAGUUCAUCUGGCAGAUGUGGGACCUCAUUCAGGCGAACAUGCAGGAGAGCAUCCAGCCCAAUCCACCAUCCUCAGGCUUCAUCGGGAUCUUCCUGAUGAUGGCGCUGUGCGAGAAGGUGCACGUGUACGAGUACAUCCCCUCGAUGCGGCAGACCGACCUGUGCCACUACUACGAGCAGUACUACGACUCGGCCUGUACGCUGGGCGCCUACCAUCCACUGCUCUAUGAGAAGGUGCUGGUGGCACGGCUCAACGUCGGCAGCGAGCUCGACCUGCAGCGCAAAGGCAGGAUCACGCUGCCCGGAUUCAGCACCGUGACCUGUGACCCCUGACCUCCGACCUCCCCUCGACCCAAACUGCUGCAAUAACCGCCUCUGUGAGAAGGGGGCGGAGCCAAGGAAGGAGCCACAGUCGCUGCCUUUCUAGCAUUCGGGUGGACCGGGCUUUCGACUGUCCCGCCUCGAAUCUCGAAAAGGAAACCUUGAAUGGAUUGUGACACAGUUCUCCAAGAGGGGGCGCUGCCCCCCCUAAUCUCUGCGGUAGCUGAGCCUAAAGACACUUAAUUAUGGGUAGGAUAGCAAUAGAGCAACCACUGUUACGGCUGUAUUGUGGAUAACUGGAUGUAUUUUGCUGUGAUUGGCCGUUCUGUUUUAUCGGGGUCGGUUUGGGAACCGUUCGCAAGGGGGUCACGUUUGAGUUGACCACAGUUCCCCUCCUUGUGAUCGGGGUGGGGUCACAGAGGGACCUAAGUAUUCUACUGAAUGUUCCAUCAGACUUGCCCACACAUGCCAAUCCAGACACAGCUAAGGGCAUGUUGUCAUUAAAGAGCCACUUAAAUUUGUGGUUUACCUUUUAUUUUUUUGUUGUACCACAUGGUGUACAAGUGAAUCUACUCUGCAACCCCCCCAUGCCCCCCCCCCCUUCCAUGGCGACAUUGCAUGAAAGAGCAAAGGCUUUAUUUGUACAGCACUUUCAGCCAGGUGCACGCAGGGUUGUGUGAGACACAUCGCUGUUCAUCCGCAUUCCGGUUUGCAGGGCGGGGAAGAUUCAGGCCAGAUACGGAGCCAUGGUCAAGGUGUCACUCCUGCAUCUGUCCUGUGACUCAGCACAUUGCGUAUAGUGCAGAUUCGUCCUGGAUUGGGGCGCUGCAUGGCGGGGGCGGAGGCUGGCGGGGGCGGAGGCUGGCGGUACCUGAUCACCGGCCCGUUUUGCCCGGACUAUUUAACAUGAACUUUAAAGGUACUGAGUGCCCCUUUAAUAAUCUUUGAGCACCUCUCCCUCAAAAAGUCUCUGAACAGCCCCAGGCAGCACUGUGGGCUGAAAUCUCUGGGCCUUGUCGACUCGCUGCGAUCAAAGGCGGCUUUUCCACAGAUCGCUGACGUUCAUCCGCGUGGUUAAAGGUACGGAGCCUUGCUGGGAUGCUGGACGGCCCAAAUCCUCCACAGUGUUGAUCUCUGAUCUGUAUAAUGCAGAAUGCUGUAUUUUUUUUUUUUUUUUUUUUUUUUUUUUUUUUUUUUUUACCUUGAAACUGUAGCACGUUCAGUUCACCAGACCAGGAGCAAUGGUAGUAAACUAUCCCAGAGAGUUUAAUCCCUCAAAUGAAGGCGAUUCCCCCCCCCCCCAUAUCUUGUCAUAUGUAAUCUUUCAAAUGAAGGGUGUUUUCUGUCACGUGACCCAGCAGGUAUUUCUGCUGUAUUUCCUAUUUAUUCACAUGAAUAAAUUCAGGUGUAAUGUCCAAAUGUGACCUGUGACUAUGAAGCGUCUUUUACGCCCAGAGUUGGGUGACAGCCCCCGCCCCACAUCUUCAGCACCGCCCUCAGCACUCCUGGCCCUCAGGGUUCCCACUCAUCCUGGAAAACCUAGAAAAAAGUCAAUUUUCCAGUCAUGGAAAACACAUGGAAACUGAGAGGAAAAAGUAAAAUGUCCUGGAAAAUCUUGUGCUGUCCUGGAAAAAUUUCAGCAAACAAAUAAUACUGCCGUAUGCAGUUUUGAAUAUGUUGACAUUUCCAUGACUGGAAAGUUUAUUGGCUACUUUCCAAGUUCUCCAGGAUGAGUGGGAACCAAUUGUGUCGGGAUAAAAACAUUUGAUUAUACUUUGUUUGUACCAGAAUAAAAAGAAAAUCAGUGGUAUCGGCCGUCCAUUUGAUUAAAGUGGCUUUAAUCUGCUAUGUUUUUUGUGAAAGGGGCGGUUUGUAUAUACUUAUAGACUUGACUGGACUUGCCCCUCGAAGCUGAAAACCUGCACUUUAACAUGCCCAGAGCAGGUUAGACAUGCAGUGUAAAUUACCAUGACAAUAGUACCUGAAACUUGCAACUAAGCCUCAGGAAACCUCGCUAAGCCAGCGAAACCUCUUUGUAGUACAGCUGUCUGUAACGCAGAGAGCAGAUGGGCCUGUGUGAGCACAAACGGUGGCCUGUGAGAGGCUAUGCAUGCCGUCAUCUUUCUGGAAAUGAAAUGGGGAGAAAAUGAAAUUAAAUGAAAUGGGGAGAAAAUUAAAUGAAAUGGGGGGGAAAAUGAAAUGAGGGACCACUUCUUUAUUUAGGAUAAACCCUUGUGCUCAGUCCUGAACACAGCUGGGGGGUGACAGAGCAGACAGCCGAAAGCCCCCAUGUCACGAGCCUUUCCAAGCAGGGAAGCUUGAUUCCAGCCCCCACCCCCCUGCUGGCCUUGUGAACAUGUGACCUUCCGUCGGUUUUGCUUGACAUAAGACAUGGUAAUUCGGGAGCGAUGCUUUUUUGAAUGCCACCUCAACCGAACAAAGGUGACGAAGAUAAACUUGAUGUUUUUCUCGUUUGCUGUGUGACUCUUUGUAGCCUAAACUGUAGAGAAUCAAGUUAAUCCUCUGUUUUGAAUCUUGAUUUUAAAAUUAAAAUCGGCAGCAGCCAAUCGAGCGAUCACAACUAAGAAUUGGAGCCCUUAGUGAAGAUACGUUUGGUUCACCAGAACCUGAAUCGCCAGCAUACAACAAGACAGUGAUGCUAAUCUCAGAUCUGCUCUCAGGCACUGAGAAUAUCUGACUUGGCAGUCUGCCAUCUGAGCUCAUGGCUGCUUCCGGUGUUUACUUUAUUAUGGGAGUGCAACAGGUGAACAGGUUGCCUUCAAAAUUACACUCAUCCCACUGUGCCUGAUCUAUUCACACGAGUGUUACUUUGUUAUGCUGGCAUUGGGGAGUCUGAUCUGUGAAGGUACAAAACCAGGUACACGUUUCUAGAAUUACCAGGUGUGAGACUACUUUGUUUUACGUAAGAUCACGAUCACUUUUUUGGGUGUGGAGGGGCGGUAAUACGUUUUCUGCACGUUACUUGAUUUAGCAGACGUUGAAAUAAUUAAUCCUGAGCAAAAACUCACAUAGGAACAGCCUUAAAUACUGACAGGUAUUAAAACUGCUUUGACGAGUAAGUGAAACUGGACUUUUUUGUUUAGGGAAUUUUUCCUUUUGACCAAUUUGGUCCUUUUUACAUAAUUCAAUUUGUUUAUACAAAACAAAAGCUGGUAUAGUUUGUAUAUGUUGUUUUUUCCCUCACAUGUCAGUCCAUUGUUUUUUAAUAUGUAAAUAAAGCACUGUACGGUAAA